AUGCGUCGUUUAUAUUUUGAAUUUAUUGUGAGUUUCAUUAAAAAAAAGAAUAUAUAUGGGGUUUCUAACUGGGUAAAUAAUUUCGAAAAGCGCUUAAGUGAUUAUUUAAAUGUAAGAAAGCAAAUAAACAAAGGUAAACUUCAUCCUAAAAUAUGUCGAAAUAUAAAUUACAUCUUAGAUAUUAUAAACGAGGGAAUUUUUUUAUUAAGAGCUACUAAUAGUGUGAAAUGGAUAAAUUAUAUUGAUACAACUGCGAAGAAACUAUUAGAUAAAGAUGUGAGUUUAGAAUGUAUAAGGGAUAUUCAUACUGUAAAUGGGGAUGAUAUAUAUUACAGGAAGAUUAUGGAUGAUAUAUGUACAGAUAUAAUUUAUAUCAAACAAAAUAUGGGGGAAAUUAGAAAGAGUAAUAAUUGUCAAAAAAUUGUAUCAUCUAUUGAAGAUAAAAAAGAUUAUUUUCUUAAAAAAAAUGAACAUAAGAUUAAUAAUAAAUUUUUUCAGCUUAAGAAUGGUUGUACAAUUGAAAAAAUCAAGAAUGAAUUUCCAUCACUUGACUGUAAUGAAUUAAUUGAACCCUCAAAAGAAUCAUUAGUAGAAGAACGUGUACCUGCUCCAGUAGAAGCAGGUGAAGGUGUUUCAGUAAGAGCUGCUGAAGAUGAGUUAACAGAAACUACAUUAGAAGAUGCGCAAGCCGCUCAAAAUUUAGACACCUUAUUAGAGCAAAGUUUGCAAGAAGAAACUCCAAAUUUUGAUACAACUUAUGCUGCUGCUUCUCUUACAGGUGUUUCCCUUUUUGGGGUCUUAUUAUAUAAAGUAAUGUAUAAUUGCAAAAAUGAAUAUUAUUAUCUAUUAAUGAAUAAUUUUGAAUACCUACAAACAGGCAUUCCAAAUCAGCAGUAUCACUUAGCGUACAAUUCUAUACCAAAUUAA